CUUCCUACAGCCAGUGUCCACAGCAGACCUCCAGGCUUCCUGCAAACUUGGGUUAGUCUGCUUGCUCUGUGAUGGCCAGGCAACAGUCUCCCAUGGACCUGCAGCAGGAAGUGAUCUGCCCCAUCUGCCUGGAGAUUCUGCAGGAACCUGUCACCACUGACUGCGGGCACAAUUUCUGCCUCCAGUGCAUCACUCAGGUGGCGGAAGCCUCAGGCGAUUUCUUCAAAUGCCCCCUCUGCAACAGUUCUGUGAGGAAGAAUGCAUUCACACUCAACUGGCUGCUGGUGAACCUGGUGGACAGAAUCCAAGCUAUAGAUCUCUCUGAGAUGCGGCCGGAGGUAGAGGACGAGGAGGAGGAGGAGGAGAUGAGAUGUCCGAAGCAUGGGGAGAAGCUGCAUUACUUCUGCGAGCUGGAUGGAAAAUUCCUCUGUGUGGUGUGCUGUGGAUCUAAGGACCACAAAUCCCAUAACACCAGCUUGAUAGAAGAAGCUGCCCAGAGUUAUCAGGGGCAGAUCCAGUCUCGGGUCAGGCUCUUGAGGCAGAAGGAGAAGGAAAUAGCACACAGGAAGGCACAAAGUGAAGAGAAGAUCGACUUCUUCAUGGCCCAGGUGGAUUUAGAGAAGCAAAGGAUCCUGGCUGAAUUCGAGCAUUUGGGGCAGGCCCUAAAGGAGGAGAAGGACUUCCUCCUGUCCCGGAUCACAUGGCUGGGGCUGGAGGAAGCCAAGGAGGGUAAGGUCUACAACACUGCCACCCAGGCACAACUCAACUCUCUCAGGAAUCUCACGGACCGCCUGGAGGCCAAGCAACGAAUGCCACCCCAACAGCUGCUGAAGGGCAUCAAAAGUAUCUUGCACAGGAGUGAAGAGUUUCAGUUUCUCAGCCUACCCCCAAUUCCUCUGGACCUGGAGAAAAAACUCAGUGAAGCAAAGUCAAGACAUGACUUCAUCACUGAGAACCUGAGGAGAUUCAAAGACACCCUCCAGGCUGACAGGAAGAAAGAUAAAAGCAAAUUCCUCAAAGGCAUGAAUGAAAGCCACACCAAGAGCUGGUGCCUGUUUGAGAAACACAAUCCUAACCCAGACAACACCUCCACGCCUGAGCCAUCCUCCCCAGGCAACGGAAACCCAGCAAGUCCCCAGCCCCCACCGCUACUCCACUCCCGCUUUCGGGCCUCCUUCAUUGGCACAGUCUCCGGGAUAGAACUGCUACUGCCCCGCAGCAGAGCCUCCCUCGCCAGGGCUCCUGGAAACCGCACCAGCGCCGCGAAUGUGGAGAGCUCCCGCGCCGCCACGCGCACUGCAGAGCUCCGGGAGGCGCUGACGAUCCCGCCAUUACCACCACGGCACCCACAGAACUACAGGGAUUUACUCCAAGGAGCUCCCACAGCCCCCGUGACCUUCGACGCUGCCUCGGCCCAUCCCGACCUCGUCCUCUCCCAGGAUCUCAAAACGGUGACACUGGACCUCGCUCCUGCAGACAGUUCAGAGGACGCCGCGGGGCCGGAGAGUUUCUACCCGUUCCGGUGCGUGCUCGGCUCGCCCGGCUUCUCCUGCGGCCGCCACGCCUGGGAGGCGGAGCUAAGGGGGCCUCGGGGCGGGGCCUGCGUCGUGGGCGUGGCUUGGGAGCAGGUGGCGCGGCGGGGCUUCCUGACGGUGGAGCCCGAGAGCGGCUUCUGGGCGCUGCGCAUCACCGACUCCGAGUGCCAGGCGCUCACCGGGCAAGACACCCGGAAGGAUCUCCCGCUGCGUCCCAGGAAAGUGCGUGUCCGCGUGGACGUCGAGCUCGGGACGGUCGCCUUCUACGACGCCGCCACCAACACCCACCUCUACACGUUCCACGCCUCCUUCCCGGGGAAGAUCUUCCCCUUCUUCAGGCUUCUGUUUCCCGGCACCCAGGUCAUCCUGAAUCCCUAGAGUCGUUGCUUUGCCUUCCUUCGCCUCCGGCUUCUCCGCGCCACCGCCUCAGUCCGGGGUGUGCAGUAGGGUUGAAGCCAGGCGUUCAGAAAUUCCAGCCCUGACGUCUCUGAUCCGACUUUAGAUGUGCUCCCGGCCCCGGGCUCCGAAACCUAGUCUCUCGUCCCCAGUACACGCUCCCUCAGCCUGCAGUCCUCUCUUCACCGAGCCGAUUCCAAGUCCUAAGCGAAGGGAGCGAAACGGGGCUCGGGCCGGCCUAUAGAGCUCAGGAUUGCAAGACUCAAGAGGAUCCAGUGCUCGCCUCUGUAGCUGAGUCCUGAUUGCUAGCCGCUGAGCUUUCCAGGAUCUUCACUGAAGCCUGUAGACCCCAGACCGGCUGGAGCCCUCCUUGCUAUCACAUUUCCAGAGCAUGCUGGCCUCCUGCUGCCGACCAAUCCAAGGAAGCACCGGGAGCCAACCCCAGGCUGGCACAGGAGCUCCUCAGUUCUCUGGGAACUGAGCAACAGCUGCCCAGUUCCUUGGUCUGCACCUGGUAAAAUCAACUACUGCCUUCCACCACCCUGGUGUUAGCAACUGGCUUGCUGCUUGUUGGGUGAGCAGACCCAGUGUUGGGGGCUCUAGAACAAUUCCUCCAGCCAAGUCUGGGACAUGUUCAGCUACACAUAUCCCCAGUGUGCCUGGAGAUAAACCAUGCAUGCAGCUUUUUUUUUUUUUUUACAGCAUUGUUUGUAAUAGGACAAGACUGGAAAUGAUUAAAAUGUCCAUCAACAGGUGAUGGUUGGAAAAACUGUGAUGAGAAACCCGCCAGUUGCAUUCUGGUUGACACAGGUGCAGGAGACUGGACAACUGACCACGGACAAACAGCCCUUUCCUCCUCUACCACCAAGCUCCUGAAGCUCUCAUGGGCCUGAACUUGGCGUUGGCCCAGCUGGACAUCAUCCUUUCCUGAUACCUGAAAACUAGGAUACUGGACUUCUGUCUCUGAGCUACUCAGCUAGACUGUCCUUGUGUCUUCCAUCCAGUUGGCAAAUGAGGACUACCUGUAUAUUACUGUAGAAUGACCACUAAGAUCUAUUACGUGAGAGAAGCAAGGUGGGGUCAGUACACAUAGCAUACUACAUGCUACCUAAGGGGGAAUAUAGAUACAUGCAUUUGUCUGCUUAUGGUUAUUUUUUAGGUAGGGGAACAAACCAAAACUAAAUAAAGUGUUGCCUACAGGGGGAGGGAAAGCCAGAUGGGAGGCAUGGAAGUUAGUCUCUUCUGAGCAUUUGACUUGUUCUGUGCAUUUGACUUUGAUACCAUGUAAAUAUUUUCCAUCAUUAUAAAGCAAAAUAAGAUUAAAAUGAGACAAACUGACCUAGCUGUGUAUGGUGUUGGUAGCUUACACAGCAGAGCGGACCGUCAUUUGUGGCAAGUGCCUGGUGCAGCAGUUGUGUCAACAGCUCAGGUGCCUGCAUGCUGUGUCAGAGUGCCUGGGUUUGAGUCCUGAUUCCACUACUGAGUCCAGCUCUCUUCUAAUGGUGCACCCUGGGAGGUAACAGCUGAUAAUGGCUCAAGUACUUGGGUCCCUGCCACCCACCCACAUGACAGACCUGGCUUGUGUUCUGGGCUCCUGGUUUUUCCCCAGCUGUUGCAGGCAUUUGGAAAGUGAAUCAGUGGAUGGAAGAUCUCUCUCUCCCUCCUCCCCUCCCUCCCUCUCCAGCUCCCUGCUAAUGCACCUGGGAAAGCAGUGGAAGAUGGCCCAAGUGUUUAUGCCCCUGCACCCAUGUAGGAGACCUGGAAGAAGCUCCUGGCUCCUGGCUUUGCAUUUCAGCCAUUUGGGGAAUGAACCAGUGGAUGGAAGAUCUCUCUCUCUCUCUCUCUCUCUCU